AUGAAACAUAAUCAAUUUCUCAUGACUGAUCUAUUUUUAUUCGUUUUAAUGAAAAUAGUAUUAACUCCAAAAUCAAAGAAUAUAACGAUGUUUUGUGUUUUAUUGCCUCUAUUAUUUAUGUGUGUUGUAAAUGCUCAAACAAAUACUUUAAAUUAUGAUAAUACAUUGGUUGAGCCAUUGUGCAUGCCCGACUUUAUGGCUUUGAACUUGGGAUCUUCUUUGUUAAAGUAUACCAUAGUUUCUGAUUGUUAUGCAGAGAUACCUAAUAGAAAAUAUUCAAUAAAAGGAAACAACAUUCUUUCAUAUUGUUUUAUCGAUGAUUAUUUUUUGAGAGUGAACAAAAACAACACUAAAGUAUCGAGGUGUGGACAAUGGCUCGAAGUGGUUGGACCAAGUCAAGUUUCUAUUGUUUGUAUGGUUUCUGGAAGUAUUACUCCAGAUGUCACUGAGGGUUCUCUGCCAGUUGGAGUACCAUUUGUCGCCCUUCCAAAAGGACUUUAUACAAAAGUAUCAGGUGGGUUUUCUUUGGACGAUGAUGCAUUUGUACAAGCCACUGUAGCAGAGACAGAUUUCGACCUAAAAGUGAAUCCAACACUUUGGGUGUUGAAUAAAAGUGAGAGUGAAAUUCGAAUACAAGUCACCGACUGUAACAGACCAUAUCAGUUCAUUGAAGUUGAAAAGAUAAAUUACAAACUGAGUAACGAUGAUACAUUCACCUUACCACUAAUCAAAAGAAAAACCAACAUUAAUUUAGUCUCUUUCAAAGAUGAAAAACUAACUUUUGAAGAUAUCGAAUUGGACAAAAUUACAAGUACAGUGGCAAACGGCAAAUAUGAUACAGUUCAUCUUGGGAAAUGCACUUUUGUUGCAGACAAUAUUAUUUAUUCCAAAACAGUGGCCAACAAAAUACAACUCUCUGUGUGGUUGUUUUACAAAUUGAGUGACUCGAUAAAGGUUGAAACGAUGAAUAAAACUAAUAUGAAAUUUGUUUCAGAUGCAGGGAGUCGAAAUACUUCCAUAGUGAUGUUGAACACAUCUCCAAUUAUUAUUCAACAACAGUUCAAAGAACUUAUCUUGUCAUUAAAAGCCAAUUUUGAUGUUCACUUUAAAGAGGUUUCUCUCUAUUUAGUGAGAAGUGGUGAUGAUAACACGCUAUAUGGCUCUUCGACUACCAUCAACAAAGAACUCAAAUUCAAAACAACACAAAAUGGUACUGAUGUCACUCUCAGAGCUCUUUUUGAUACAAAGAGUUGGGAAUUUGGAAAUACAAUUACACUCACUUAUGUAAGUGAACCAGGAGGAACUAUUGAAUUGAUUGAAGCAAUGUUUGAUAAAUCUGAUACAAUUAAAAAAGUAGUCGAGUGCAACUCAACAAUUUUUGAUUGUUUGAAUACAGAAUGUACAGUGACAAACAUGUCGAUUGAUGAAGGAAGAUUUAUUUGGCAAAAAGGAUGUGAACCUGUAUGUGGUAACUGUAGAGAUGGAUAUGUGUGUACCACCAUGGGAAGAUGUAUUCACCAAGAAAAUAACAACUUGAGAGAAGGAACUACAAGUGUGUUGUUCUUUCUUGUAAUCCUAUGUAUUUUAUUUGUAAUUUGA